AUGUCACACCUAACCCCGCCAUCACCACUGCCAUCGGCGCCGGCCCCGCCUCUUCCGACGACCCUAUGCACUCGUGGUGGGAAUCAAUCUCCAAAGCUCGUUCUCGCAUCUACUCUCUCUCUUCAAUUCUCGACCCCACCUCCUCCUCCUCCUCCUCAUUCUCUCUCCCCUCCCUGGCCGAUUCCGACCGCCCUGCUCUCUCACUCCUCUCUUCCAUCGAUGCUUACCUUACUGUCUCGGCAUCCCUCUCUUCCCCUCUCUCCGGUUCCGGCUCUGACCCUCUCUGUCACUGGCUAUACGACACGUAUCUGUCGUCUGAUCCCCAUCUACGACUUAUUGUUUUCUCCUUCAUCCCUCUCCUCUCCGGCCUCUACCUCUCUCGGAUCCACUCUCUCAUCCGAUUCGCCUUCUUCAGCUAGCCAGUACAAGCCACUCUUGGUGAAGCACACAGAUUGUCAUUAA